AAUUAUUGUAUUUAAUAAACAAACAUCGAUAGAUAAACUCUCUAAACCUUUUUUAGGAAAAUUCGGAAAAUUUGAACUUUUUUCUGUAUUUUAUGUAUAUAGAAAGGCUGAAACAUGUGGACAGCUUCUAGUGAACAGUCUGAUGGGCAAUCAAUGAUUGAUAUCAAGGAAGAAUUACCGGAUGUAGAUUCAGACGAAGGGCCAACACUUUCUUCCAAUGAAUCAGAAGAAACACAAUCAUCGAACUUGGUAGAACCAAAACCGGAAACAUCUAAGCGUAAGCGUACGUUUGCGAAAAGAGUGACCUAUGAUGCGUCAUCUAUAGAAGUGAUCCUGAACCAGGUCAGAUGCGGGUUAUUGACAGUUAACCAGGCCGCAAAAGUUUCCGGAAUUCCCCGAACCACGCUGCAAUACCGUAAUGGUAAUACAUACAAAAAUAAAGGGUCUCCCGGGCCGUACGCAGUAUUCAACCAGCAGGAAGAAGACGAAAUAAUAAAAUCGUUGCAAGAACUUGAGCAACGGGGUUUCCCGCUUACUCAUCGUAAUCUAAGGCUCAAAGUUAGAGAUUAUUUAAAAAUCCACCCUAGAAACAAUCCAUUCAAGGAUAACCUGCCCGGCAAUAGCUGGGUAAAGGCGUUUUUGAAACGGAAUCCGGAUCUGAAGCUGCAAACCCAGACAACUGAUAGCAAAUUAUCAGAGGCAGUUACUCGAUCGUGGUUCCAAAACGUUACUCGUUUUCUAAAAAAGAAAGGUCUAACUCACAUUCUGAGUGAUCCAUCGCGGGUCUUAAACGGAGAGAUAAUGUCCUUCAUGCUCAACUAUAAGGGAUUGUGUCGAGUAAAAGAUUCCACGCCUGAUAUCGCCAAUGCAAUGCCCACCAUGACCGUCCUGUUUUCAUUUUCUGCUGAUGGUAGUUACUUUCCAACAAUGUUGUCUGCCCAGGAAGCAAUACUCACUCGAAAUGUACGGAAAUGGUUUCCUGAUGAUUGGGAUAUUGGAUCAUCAAAAAAUCCCUGGGUUGAUGGCCGGAAUUUAGAAUCAUACAUUACAAAAACACUACGACCAGCCAUUCUGAAGAAAGGCACUGAAUUACCAGUCUUAUACUUCAUAAGUGGAGGUGCAGCAGUGGAGGCUGCAGAAAUGUGUCAACAGUACGGAAUAAUUCUAAUAUCGACGUUCCCCUAUGCAAGGCAGAUGUUUCAGAAUGCUGAUACAGCAGCAUACAAAGUAUUAAAAAAAACAUGGGACCAAUCUACUGCCACAUGGCACUCCAAAAACAGAAAUCAGAAAAUUAAAAUAUCGGUUUUCGGACCACUUUUUGCAAAUGCUGUUGAAACAUCUUUCAGCGAAUCUAUCAUUAAACAAGGUUUCUCCAUUCGUGGAUUAUACCCGUUUGAUCCAAACACAAUUGAUUAUUCGAAAAGCUGUGACAACGGAACGUUCAUUGAACAAUUCUUAUCAAUUGAAGAUGGUGACUCUGAAGAUGAACGAGAAAAAGAAAAGGAACGUAUACAAAUUCCACAAAACAUUCUGGAGACCACACUGCAAAUGUUAGGUCCUUCAAAAAUAAAUAUGUACCUCACAGAAUCAGCGAAUCAUCUAAGUCACGAGGAUAAAAUUUUAUCAUACAUUUACAAAAACAUUUUGGUUCCCGCCAAAUCAGUGAGAAAUGUUGCAACAGUACCCUCAUCAAACAAUCCAAUCUCAAAUAAUGUUUCAUUUGAAAACGUAUUGAUCAAAACUAAAGAAGUAUCAACAAACGAUGCCGAAAAGCUCGGGGAAAACAAACAUGAAGGCGAUGAUGAUCACGACGAUAGCAAUCAUUGUACAUCGCCGAAGCAAUUGAAGAUAUCCUCCAAAAAUUGUCAGAUGAAUGAAGUUGACUCUAGCAACCCGACCCCAAAAGAAGCCAAUUGUUUCGCAAAAGAACAUAUCUGCAGCUUCCCUCGAGUAACUGCCCAUUUCUGCAAGGCGGUCAGCAAAGUAAAGUAUCUGGCAUGUUUCAUGGACGUCACCGGAAUGUACCUUGCGUACAUAAACCAAUGUGUCACUGCUGGUCGAGAACCGGUGACCAGUAAGGUGUACAAUAGUUUGCUGCAGACAGAACGGGCCAACGAUCCGAAAUUUCCAACCUCGUGUUUUGAGUGCCAACAUGUGGAAAAAUUCGAUACCAGUGGAAUGGAAUGCGAAUUUUUGAAAAGUUGAAUUGACGGCAUUGUUUGUAUCACUGAUUCUAUGACAUUGCGCCGAAUGUCACUACCGCGAAGAGUCGUUGCCCCGAAUAACACAUUACCCCGAAUGGCUAUUACUCCGAACUUGUCAAAAAAUGAAAAAAAAAACAUGUAUGUACUCACUUUAUCAUUUUAUUAAACUGUAUUUUAAUAAAUAAUGACUUGAAAAUAAACAUUAAUUCUACCUAUCUGUCAAAAAUAGAAUAA